UCUCCGCUCCCCCCCUUCUGCUGGCUCGCCUCUCUUGCGCCGCUGGGGAAGACCGGGGCGAGCGGCGGCGGCGGCGGCGGCGGCGGCGGCGAGGCGGACCGGAGGGAGAGCAGGGCAGGGUUCCCUUUUCUCCCUCCUUCCCGGUGCCGGAGCCCUUGCGAAUGGGGAAGGGAUGACGCUGCUGCCAUGGUGCCCUGCUCGGGGUGCUCGUGCUGGACCCGGCGCGUAAAGGGCGGCGGGGGAGAGGAACCGGCCGGCCGGGGGGAGAUCAAUGGCAGGCGGAGCCCCACGCCCGGCUGAAUGACUCGAUGGGCGGACGGGCGAGCCGCGCGCCCCACCAUGAGGACCGCGCUGGCCCUGCUGGUCUCCUUCGCGUGCGCCCUGGCUCUUGAUUCGGAGCCGUGGAACGCCACCCGGCGCGGGGGAUCCGGAGCGGCUCCGGAGCGGCCGGCGGGAGAGGCGCCCACGGGAGGAGGAGGAGGGGGCGCCCUGCCUUCCACGCCGCCCCCCUCUCCGUCCUCCCCUCCCUGGGAAGGAGAGGAGCAGGGGGGCUCGGACCGGCCCGGCCCCUUUGCCAAUGCCAGUGGGGGCAAGCCCACUUGGGCCCCCCAGGAUGACCCCGCUCGGGGAGCUGCCGAAGGGAGGCCAGAGGGGAGCACCGAGACCCCCAGCAUCCCCCCUGUUUGGCCUCCGUCCCCAUCCGCCGGGCACCCAGAAGGACCAACCCGCAGCAUCCCUGGCAACAUCAGCACCACCACGCCGGGGGCGGCGGCAGCAACAGCAGCGGCAGCGGGGCCUGCCCAGGAGGAGGAGGAAGAGGAGGAUCUGGUGGGCCACAGCGGCACAGACGUCUUCUGUAACUGCAGUUUGGUUGGCAGCGCGGGCCCGAACGACUGCAACACGACAACGGGGCAGUGCAGGUGCCACAAGGGCUACGCUGGUCAGCAGUGUGACGGAUGUGAAGCCGGCUACUACCCCGAGCCGAGCAGUGGACGCUGUCUUGCGUGUGGCUGCCAUUCCUCAGGCGCCGUCUCCUCUUCCUGUGACAACUCUGGAAGAUGUCUGUGUAAAGCUGGGGCAACGGGUCCAAAAUGUGCCGAAUGUCAAGAAGGGUACUCCAAGUUCAACAAAAGCAUUUGCGAACCGUGUUGGUGCAAUAACCAUUCCAAGAACUGUGAUCGUGAGACAGGCAUCUGUCUGAAAUGUCAAGGAAACACCGAAGGACCUUAUUGUGAAAAAUGUACAGACCAGUCUUACAGAAAUAUCUUACAUCACCACGAGUGUCUCCGGUGUCCCUGCUCCACGGUGUUUUCUACUGGCAGCUGUAGAAUAAGGUCUGGUCACCACACACCGACCUGUGACAAGUGUAAACCUGGCUACACGGGUGCCCUCUGCACCCAGUGUGACAACGGCUACUACAACUCUGACAGCAUCUGCAUAAAAUGUCAGUGUAAUGGGAACGUUGACCCGGCACGGACACCACAAGUCUGCAAGCCAGACACGGGAGAAUGCAUCGGCUGCCUCUACCACACGGCUGGGUUCCGCUGUGAAGCGUGUCAGGAAGGUUACGUCAGAAAUCCCGAAGGAGGAAACUGCACCAGGAAAGAACCCACACCUGGUCCAGAAGGUAGAGGACUCAUCCCUCCAUCUCCAAACGUCAGCGUGGCUACAACUGUCCCAACGAUAGCCGUCAACAGUACAUUCAUCCAGACAAUGGUACCAUCGGUUUAUCCCUUCAGCUCCUCUGAUAACAGCACCUCUACGCUAGCCGACGUCUCGUGGACUCAGUUCAACAUCAUCAUUCUUACGGUCAUCAUUAUUUUGGUGGUUCUGCUGAUGGGCUUCGUGGGGGCAGUCUACAUGUACCGGGAGUAUCAGAACCGGAAACUGAAUGCCCCUUUUUGGACUAUUGAGCUCAAGGAAGACAAUAUUAGCUUUAGCAGCUACCAUGACAGCAUUCCCAACGCGGAUGUCUCCGGCUUGUUGGAGGAUGAUGGGAAUGAGGUAGCCCCCAACGGUCAGCUGACGUUAACCACUCCCAUGCAUAACUACAAGGCAUAACAACAAAACUAAAAGAAUUUACUUUGAAGCCCCUACGUGGAGCAAAUUAAUGUAGUGUUCACUGGGGGAAGUACCGCUCAAUGAUGCAACUGUCCCAGACAAGGAAAACGGAGUACUUCCCCAGUGUUGGCAUGGCAACGCUUUGUUAGCAGCCAAUGAGGGCUGGGCAGCAGAGAUGCUAGAGGAGUUUCAGGUAAAUAUUGUGUUGGGUUCAGAAUUUCCCAUCAAAAUGGCAUUAUGGACAAUAACUUGUAUUUAAAAGGGGGGCGGCUGCUCUGAAAUAUAUUUUUAUAUAGAACGACGAUGGAGACAUACCAAGACAUCAUCUCAUACUUGAUCAAAAGCAAUGUUUGUUCUGGAAUCUUAAUUUUUAAGCUCCUGCGUUAAAAGGCGGAAGGUGACCAAGUGAAUUCAGAGAUGGUGCUCUAUUUCAUGUCCUGAUGGUUUUGCUAUUUAUUUCAUGGCCUGAUAGUUUUGCCAUUUAAAACAAAACAGAAAAUGGGGUCGUAUUGGUUUCACGGAUUGGCUAAAAGCAUCCCAACGCAUACUCAACAGCAAUCAAGGAUUUUAAUUCUUUGUAUUGUCGAAGGCUUUCACGGCCAGAAUCACUG